AUGGCUGAAGAUAGUGAGCUAUGGGACAUCGUCCUAGAUGGACCAUUUAUUCCGAUGAUAGAAGAAAAGGAUGGAGAGAAAACCAGACUUGUUCUAAAGCCUAGACAAAAAUAUGAUGAAGCUAAUAGGAAGAAGAUCGAAAAGGGUUACAAGGCAAAAAAUCUUCUUGUGUGUGGGAUAGGGCCAGAUGACUUCAAUUGUGUCUCAGCCACAGAGGCUGCAAAAGAAAUCUGGGACUGCUUAAAAACAGCUCAUGAGGGAACUGAACAAGUCAAAGAGUCAAAGAUUGAUAUGCUCACUUCUUUGUAUGAAAAUUUCAAGAUGAAAGAAGGAGAAGCCAUUCAUGAGAAGUUCACAAAAUUGUCCUCCAUUACCAACGAGUUGAAAAGUCUUGGAGAACUAAUCAGCAUGAUCAAGCAAGUCAGGAAAGUGCUUCGAAUUCUUCCAAAGUCUUGCGAAAGCAAGGUUGAUGCCAUUAAUGAAGCAAAAGAUCUGAAAGUGCUGACAAUGGAUGCUCUCUAUGGAAAUCUGAAGACUCAUGAGAUGAAUCGAAAUCAUGAUCUGUCAAAGAAGGAAGUCAAAAAAAAUAAGUCCUUUAUGCUGAAAUACAAAUCUGAUGAGGACAAUGAUGAUGAUAUGACUUAUCUCAUCAAUAGAUUUCAAAAAAUUGUGAGAAAGAACAAAGGCUUUAGAAGGGAAACAAAUGAACAUCAAAAACCAAGAGGUGACAAAGACAAGAGAAGGGACCUGGUACUCAGUACAAAUGAUCGCAAAGUUGCUGCUGACUAUGUGAUCAAAAAGGCUCUUGCUGCAUGGGGAGACUCUUCAAGUGACUCAGAAGAUCCUGAGGAACCAAAUGACGUGUCUAUGGUGGUGGUUCAUGAAGAGGAAACCAUAUUCAAUGAAAUAACAUUAGCAAAUGUUAUGAUUGAUUCAGUAAUUGAGUUAACCUCUGAAAGAGACAUUAUGAAUGCUGAACUUGACAGUUUAACUAAAAAUAAGGUUAAAUUGGAGGAGAAAAUGUCAACAAUGGAAGAUAAAAUGCUGUCUCUAGAGUCUGACAACACUGAACUUAAAAAACAGUUGUCUCAGAUAAAUGAAGAAGCUGAAAAGCUAAAUGUAAGGCCUAAUGGUUUACAAGUUGAAACUGAAGAAAAACUGAAAACCACUGAGAAAAAUCUGGGAUUGGCUUUGGAGAAGAGCAACAACUUAGAAAAGGAUAUUGUCAAACUUAAGGAAGAACUUGAAAAAUCUCUUAAGUGGACAAAAUCUUCUAAUUUGCUGUCAAGUGCAACAAAUCAGAGUAAUUUCAAGAAAGGUAUAGGAAGUUUGAAUAUCACUCCUCCCUUUAAUCCUCACAGUAAGUAUGUGUUUGUGUCUGACAAUCUGCUUUGUCUUCACUGUGGUAAAAAUGGGCAUUUAAAGGGAGAGUGUACCGGCUGGAGAAAAUCUCAUGAAAGACUCUCUAAUUAUACUGAAAGGCAAAGAGUGAGUGAGAGGAGCAGCAGUCAAUGUUGGUCUAUGAACAGUGGAUGCUCUAAACAUAUGACUGGUGACAUCAAAAAUAUCCUCUCACUCAAGACACUUCAGAGAGGAGGUGUCUUUUUUGGUGAUGGAAAGAAGAGUUACAUUUUGGGAGUUUGUAAAGUGGGAAAGUCUCUUGAAGAAUCAAUUGACAAUGUGUAUCAUGUAGAUGGGUUGAAGUACAGUCUUUUGAGUGUAUCUCAAAUUUGUGACAAGGGAAAUGAAGUCAAGUUUACUUCUGGAAGUGCACUCUAG